AUGCAUCAGUUGAAACGCAAUAAGAGGCGCCGGGGCGGCCUCCUUCAUCCCCCUCCAUCCCGUCCCCGCUGCGCCCCCGGCGGCCUCGAACCCGCGGCCCGGCGCUGUCCUUACCGCCGGCCACCAGGGGGCAGCAGCGCCGCGCUCAGGGGCUCCGGAGGAGCCGCUUCCGGCCCACGUGGGCCGCGCACGCACAUGGCCGCGGUGAGCGGGGAGGGGGCUUGGACGGGGGAGAGCGGGGCCGGGGUUGGAGCGGGGCCUCCCCACCCCGCGGCUCCUCCGUGGGCCCUGCUCGGUGCAGGAUGUUUCUCCACCGGGCUCCCCUACAGCGGCUCCUUCUCACCCCCCCCCCCCCCCGUAUCACUGCCGGGUGGGUGCUGUGGGGCUGCCCCCGCUCCCUGGGGCAUUCCCGGUGCUGAUCCCGCUGUCCCGCAGAGCAUGUCGUCGGACGAGGACGUGCAGCGGCUCCUGAUCCAGUUCCGGGAUGAGGCAGGAGAGGCCCUGGGCUCCCCCUUCGAUGUCCCGGUCACCAUCACCCCGGACAAGCUGCAGCUGGUCUGUAACGCACUCCUGCAGAAGGAUGAACCGGUACCUCUGGCCUUCUUUGUCCACGACGCCGAGAUCACCGCGUCACUGGAGAAGACCUUGGUGGGGCAGAGUGUGGAGACAGAGAAGGUCCUGGACAUCAUCUACCAGCCGCAGGCAGUGUUCAGGGUGCGGGCAGUGACCCGCUGCACCAGCUCCUUGGAGGGACACACCGAGGCUGUCAUCUCUGUAGCCUUCAGCCCCACUGGAAAGUACCUGGCGAGUGGCUCUGGAGACACCACUGUCCGAUUCUGGGACCUCAGCACAGAGACACCGCAGUUCACAGCCAAAGGUCACCGCCACUGGGUGCUCAGCAUCGCUUGGUCACCUGAUGGCAAGAAGCUGGCCUCAGGCUGCAAGAACAGCCAGAUAUUUCUCUGGGACCCGGCCACUGGCAGUCAGAUCGGCCGGGUGCUUUCUGGCCACUCCAAAUGGAUCACGUGUCUGUGCUGGGAACCGCUCCACAUAAACCCAGAGUGCCGCUACCUGGCAAGUGCCUCCAAGGAUGGCAGCAUCCGCAUCUGGGACACACUGAUGGGCAGGUGUGACAAGAUCCUCACGAGCCAUACGCAGUCAGUGACAUGUGUGAAGUGGGGGGGUGAUGGCUUGAUCUACUCCUCUUCCCAGGACAGGACCAUCAAAGUCUGGAGGAGCCAGGAUGGAGUCCUCUGCCGCACCUUGCAGGGCCACGCUCACUGGGUGAACACCAUGGCCCUUAGCACCGACUACGUUCUGCGCACCGGGGCCUUUGAACCUGCUGAGGCCACCAUCAACCCACAGGACGUACGUGGCUCCUUGGCGGAAGUGAAGGAUAAAGCACAGCAGAGGUAUAACCGAGUCAGGGGCCAGGAACCAGAAAGGCUCGUCUCAGGGUCAGAUGAUUUCACGCUGUUUCUUUGGAGACCAGCAGAAGACAAGAAGCCACUGGAGAGAAUGACAGGCCACCAGGCUCUCAUUAACCAAGUGCUCUUCUCGCCAGACACCCGGAUAAUAGCUAGUGCUUCCUUUGACAAGUCCAUAAAGCUCUGGGAUGGCAGGACAGGAAAGUACCUGACAUCGCUGCGAGGGCAUGUCUCAGCCGUGUAUCAGAUUGCCUGGUCAGCCGACAGCCGCUUGCUGGUGAGUGGGAGCAGUGACAGCACGCUCAAGGUCUGGGAUACCAAGAUGAAGAAACUGGCCAUUGAUCUUCCUGGCCAUGCGGAUGAGGUUUAUGCAACGGAUUGGAGCCCGGAUGGACAGAGGGUAGCAAGUGGAGGGAAGGAUAAGUGUUUGAGGAUAGAGCACAGCGCUGGGCCAAAUUCCAGCUUAGAGACCUGACCUCCCUGAGGGCAGAACUGCUGCUGUCCCCUGGGAGAUGACUAGAAAGCAAAGUCCCUCCAGCUGAGCAGUCAGUGGUGAAACUUGACUCUGAUGUCUGUUUUGGCUCCUGGAGAGGGGAAGGAACAGUUGUACCAGUUGGUCAGUCCCUUCCUGUCUCACCUUCCUCCCGUCUCGCGGUUAUGUAGACGGACAAAUUCCUGUGAGCUGGUUGCCAUUUGACCAUGGCUGAUAAAGAAACCUAGGCCCUUGCUGUGCAGAUGAAGGACCCCAGUGCCUGCUGGGCC